CUCCUCCCUGCGCCGAGAGCGGGCAAGGGCCCGGGGUCUUUCUUUUUGUCGGGUUAAGUUUUCGUUUAGCGAUAUGGCUGAGACGCAGAAGCGAGGGAGCUGUGGCUGUCCGUGCCGGAAUGGCCUGGAUAAAGCGGAGGAGAAUCUGCAUCCAAGGAAUUUGAUCCCAGAGCUUUGCCGCCAGUUUUAUCACUUAGGAUGGGUUACAGGGACUGGUGGUGGAAUCAGCAUGAAGCAUGGCAAUGAAAUAUAUAUUGCUCCCUCUGGUGUCCAAAAAGAAAGAAUUCAGCCUGAAGAUCUGUUUGUGUGUGACAUCAAAGAACAGGACAUCAGUGGACCUCCACCACACAAGAAACUAAAGAAGAGUCAAUGUACACCUCUCUUCAUGAAUGCUUACACCAUGAGAGGAGCAGGAGCUGUAAUCCAUACUCACUCCAAAGCUGCUGUGAUGGCCACUCUUCUCUACCCAGGAAAUGAGUUUAAAAUUACUCAUCAGGAGAUGAUAAAAGGGAUCAAGAAAUGUACAGCCGGAGAAUAUUUCAGAUAUGAGGAUACCUUAGUGGUUCCUAUUGUUGAGAACACCCCUGAAGAGAAGGACCUGAAGGAGAGAAUGGCUCGGGCAAUGACUGAUUACCUGGACUCCUGUGCUGUGCUGGUCAGACGUCAUGGAGUUUAUGUUUGGGGAGAAACUUGGGAAAAAGCCAAGACAAUGUGUGAAUGUUAUGACUACCUUUUUGAUAUUGCAGUACAAAUGAAGCAACAUGGACUUGAUCCUACCACAGUGCCAAAUGAAGAAAAUGGGAUAGUUUAAUAUGUCGACAUUUCUUUCCAAGUUGACUAUAAUGUGUCAAUGCAAUAUUAUCAAAAGGCUUUAGAGUUCACGUCUAAGCAACUGUGAAGAUCUUGCAAAACACGUGAUUAUCCGUUUUAGUGCCAAUUUGAUAUCAAAUACAGACCAUUUCAUGCUGUUUGUUUAAAUCCUAAAAGAUGCUCAAGGCAGUCUGGACUCCCAGCUCUAUAUAUUGAAUUACAUAGGAGUUCUUUUGCUUUCAUAGUACAACUGACAUUUUGCUUUAGGAUCUUCCUUGUGGUUCAUAUUUGAGUUUUUUUAAAAAGUAUGGCAUUAUCAGCAUGUGAAGGUCUUGUAACUAUUUGAAUUACUCUUAGGAUUUCUUAAAUAAAAGUUGUGUUGUAUUCUGAAAGCCUAGUAUGGCACCUAAUGGAAAAGAUGUUCAAAACAGCUUUAAACUAAAUCAACAAAGAGUGUACUGGAAAAGCUAGAAAAUGUUGAAAGAGUGCCAUGUAUAAAAGUAUGCCAAAAUGAAA